AUGCCACCUUACCAUCCUCUUUGUAGUCCUCUAACACCCAUACUUUCUUCUCUCUCCAAAAAUCCAAGGCAAGUCAGACACAGUCACCAAAAAUAUUACAAAACAGAAGGAAAGAUGAGUUUUCUUAACAAGAAGAAAAUCAUCCCUCUCCUUGUUUUUGUCUUGUCAUGCGCUUCGGUUUUCAGACUUCUCAAGAUCACCAUUAUCACUUCAUCUUCCCCGACACAGCCGUCUCCUGCGUUAAAAGCUGCACAUCACAAGAAUGUAACACAAUCACACCAGGUACAAGCUCAAGGCAACACAAAUAUUCACUCCAUUUCCAAUGCAAAUUCAAGGAAUUUAACCGAAAAGGAACAGAGAUUUGUUGUUGAUGUCAUUUCUCAGAGAUCCCCAUGCAAUCUUCUUGUUUUUGGGCUUGAAGAAGAAUAUUCCAACCUUGCAUCCCUGAAUGCAGGUGGGAUCACAGUCUUUCUGGAGGAGCAUGCUCCUGAAAAGGUAAGUAAUACGACAAAGAUGCCCAAUGGUACUUCAGUUUACAAACUUGAGUAUCCAACAGUCGCCAGAGAUGCUUUCCACCUACUGAAGCAUGCUAGAGACAACAAACACUGUUCCCCGUCAUCAGCCAACUUUCUUCAAAAAUCAAGAUGCAAAUUGGCACUCAAAAGCCUUCCUACGGAAGUAUACAAAUUGAAGUGGGAUGUGCUGGUGGUGGAUGGACCGUGUGGUCAUAGACCUGAAUGUCCUGGUAGAAUGACUUCCAUUUACACUGCAAGUUUAUUAGCAAGAAAAAAUAAUGGGAAUACGACAAAUGUAUUGGUACACGAUAUCGAUAGGAUGAUUGAGAAGUGGUUUUCAUGGGAGUUCUUGUGUGAAGAGAAUUUGAUCUCUUCAAAAGGGAGUUUCUGGAAUUUUCUUAUUACAGGAGAAGCUAACUACUCUGAUUCUACAAAAUUUUGCUCCGGCUAA